AUUUGAUUCUAAUGGACUCUUGUAAUGGCCAGUACCCUUCGGCCUUCCAGAGAAAGCAUCGAAGGCCAUUUUCCGCGAGGGAAUGGUAACGAUAGCUUCAAGAUGGCGGACGAGGAGGAGGAAGAUUACAUGUCAGAUAAAUUUCUCCUGGGUGCAGCUGAAAACGCUCCCGGUUUAGUUCCAGACAAGAUUGCGAAGAAGAACAAGAGAGAGAUGAAGCACAACGAGCUAAAUCAGCGUAACAAAAUAAAACCAAUGCGGGUGCGUGAGACAGAACACCGUGAACUAGGGCUCGCAAGUGCGUUGGAUAGUAGCAAUAAAGGGUUUGCUAUGCUCCAGAAAAUGGGAUUCAAACAUGGAAUGGGCCUAGGAAAAGACGGCAUUUCAAACAUAACCUGUUCAAUGCUUUCAUUAGAUCGUGGAGGCCUUGGUCAUGACAUACUGUUAAAGAGACAGAGAGAGGUAAAGGAGGCAAUGAAACAUGAAACUGCAAAGAAAAGAGUAAAGAUAGAGCAGAAUCAGAGAGACAGCUUCAGGAGACAUAUGAGUGACAAGUUUGCCGAGAGACAAACAUUGAGUGAUUUAUAUAAGAGCCAGAAGGCCUGUGAACAGCUGGAUAAGUCGAAGGAUCUAACCUGUGUUGAAAAGUGGUUUUGGCCAGAAGAAAAAACUGAGCUGGAUGACAAGGAAGAGAAUGAAGAAGACAAGCAAGAACACAAGGAUGAAGCAGAGGACGAAGAAGAGGAGGAGCUGGAGCCAUCAGAGAAGCUCGAGCACCUGACCAUGUACCUCAGAAGAACCCAUCAGUACUGUAUUUGGUGUGGGACCAAGUUUGACGGUAAGCUGAACAACUACCUGAGUGGGGGACAGGGGUGUCUCUUGAAGCAUUGUGGGAAUCAGCUUCUGGCCUUCUGUGAGUUGGGUGGCCUCUUUCAGACUUAUUACUUUGCAUUGUUGCCUCAGGAUCUAACCUGUGUUGAAAAGUGGUUUUGGCCAGAAGAAAAAACUGAGCUGGAUGACAAGGAAGAGAAUGAAGAAGACAAGCAAGAACACAAGGAUGAAGCAGAGGACGAAGAAGAGGAGGAGCUGGAGCCAUCAGAGAAGCUCGAGCACCUGACCAUGUACCUCAGAAGAACCCAUCAGUACUGUAUUUGGUGUGGGACCAAGUUUGACGAUGAUCGAGAUAUGGCAGAUAAUUGCCCAGGAGAUACGGCACAGGACCACGAAUAACAAGAGGACAAGUGAAUAAGUAAAGAGACCAUACGACAUUUGACGACUUGGCAUCCAGAGCGAGAAGCUUUAGUUCAAAAACGAAGACCAACGGAUGUUACGAGCAGACGCGAGGGAAAACCGAUUAAAAGCGAUCUGACCCUGAUGUGAUGUCACGACUAAAGUCGAGUUGUAAUCGAACGAAUGCUAUCAGAAGCCGGCGGCCUAUCGAUUGAAAAGUGAGCCGGAGUAGGCUCGGGCGCUAAAUUUACACAGAGCACUCAGGACUUGUAAAUAGUGAAUGAAAAUAUUGAUAACUGUAUGCAUGUAGAAACAUUGUUUUUGUAACUGAAGAAAAAUUAUUUCGGUGUAUAAUUGUAGUAUCUUGAAAUAUAUUAGUCUAAAGAAGUAACGUCAACAAUGGAGUUAUCAAGAUUACCUGGAAUCAUAAUUUAUUCAUGUUUUUAGAAAAGUUGAAUGCUGUAUUGCUCAUAACGAGAAUCAAAUUAAGUUGUUUUUCGUUUACCAGCCUCUUGGGAAAUGUACUUAACCUUAUUUGAUGUUUCUUUAGAUUGAUGUUAUUACCGGCAUUAUACGUUUUUCCCAAGACAUCAGCUAGUGGAAGAUAUUUUAAAAGUAAAAUGGUAGUUAUGUAUUUAAUUAGAGUGGCAAAUUUUCAGAGAUGAAGAGACGAAAUGACGUUCGCUGCUGUAGGUCUCUUUUUGAAAAAAAGUUCUUAAAACAAUACUUUAGAAAGCAAUUACAAAGUGUGAAUUGGC